AUGAUGCGUAUUAUGCUUGCGAGGUUUAAAAACGUACUUGGAGCUAUGCGUAUGACCAAACAGGAAGUGCUAACUGCAGCAGUUCUUCUAUUCCUAUUGUAUGCUUCAUCGGUAAUGAUGUUUAUUGGCAUGAAUUUCUGGCUUUGGUCCUUUAAAAAGGGACUUAAACGGAGUUACACUAGCAUCUUUAUUCCAUCUGUGGGAUGGUCCUUUCUGUUUUGUGCUUCCUCAGCUGCUAUUCGCAUCAUUAAUUGGAAGAUUGGACGCUCCGAAAAUGUUUUUUUUUGGUGGAAUCGCAGAGGUGUUUUUUUUCUUGCCCUAAUUGGUUUAUUUGAUUCAUUAACGGGGCUUUGUUGCAUGUACGCUGCGGUGCAUGUCCCAGUCAUACUUCAAUCCGCACUUAUAUCAACUGGACCUAUUUGGACAUACUUGUUUGCAUUUAUUUUUUAUCCGGAAAGUCAGUCCUCAUUUUCCCCUAUAUUAUUAUUGGUUGUUGCCUGCACAGCUGGUGGGGUGGCUCUUGCAAUGAUACCGCAAACUCAAAGCCACCGUAAAAAUGAGUAUUUUAGUCCUCCUUGGAUUGCAAUAUUUCUUUUGGGUGUAAUAUUGUAUCCGCUUUACAAUGUUCUUCAAGGUCGUUUUUUGAACGAAUUUCGAGGAAGCUGUUCACCAUUUACGACUAAAAUAGUCAUGUUGACAUGCGAAACAACAGUACAGCUCGUAUUUACAUUAAUGUAUUUUCCACUCGAUGCUGCUCCAUUUUUUGGAAAGUGUGCUUCUUUGCAAGAGUCCUGGGAUAUGCUUAUAGCCAGUAUUAAGUGUGUGGCUGAAUGCCCCAAUAAUGCUGUUUAUAUGUCUGUUUAUAUUCUGGGAUUCUGGAUUCGCCACACUGUCUUUGCGUACAUGAAUGAAUAUUCCCCAGUUGUGGUAGCGGUGGCCAGUCAGUUGACACAACCGCUCAACACAUUUAUUUUAUUAAUUAUUCCAUCGUGGAAUGUAUUUGGUGCGAAUGCCCUUUGGUAUUACACACUUGGUUGCUUUUUGCUUUUACUUGCAUCAACCGUCAUUUUUGUUUGGUGGCAUUUGCUGAAUCGUCCAGUUUAUCAGGAAGUAAGGGCAGUUGUAUUUGGUGUACCUGAGAAUGAAGAUACCAAUGAGAAUGAAAAUAAGUGA